GGCCGAGGAAGUGGCGCCGCCCCCCAGGCCGCUGGUGAGCGUCAUCGGAUCAAUCAACAUUGAAGGAGACCUUCCCUUGUGUCUGAUCUACUGUGGCAAGGAACACAACAACACCUAUUUGGUCACGAAUUUGGGACAUUUGCGAAUCAGGACAAAACGGUCCAAUAAAGGAGGACAGUUGCUGUACUCGCGAGAUAAGCGCAGCACCGUAACGUCCAUGAACAGGGUCAAGCUGGACGUAUCAUCGGUCUCUGCGCGGUUUGCUCGGGUACUCAACCUCAAAGAAGCUGACGAACGCCAGAUAAGCUAUCACCAUAACGCACGCUUAGUCUUUGUGGAACAACGGACACUCAUAGACACGUGUGAGUACCAUGCCUUCGCCCGGGUGGAGGUGAACGAACCCGUGCUAGCCAAUGAAAUGACAGGGAAUGGCGGCAAGGCCGGCGCCGCAACCAGUCAGAAUGCAGAGAAUGUUCGGGAUAGCAACAAUGGGGCUGGUAGCUAUGGCAACCAAAGAAGUAGCGCGAAGCGCAGGGCUUCGUCGCCGGAAAGAGACGAACAAGAAGUGACAGAAGGACCAACCACAAUCACACGCAUCAGCUGUGUGGUGGAUCGCAUCAAUGCAGACAUAGCCGACCGAGAUGUCAAGGUGAUA